AGUUGAUACUUGAUAGUUGAUAGUUCAUAACUUCAUAGUUCAUACUCAUAGUUGAUACUUGCUAGAUGCUAGUCUGUCUGACGUCUGUAAGGAUUAUGUAUACAAAAUUAAGAGUGAGCAAAGAUAAAAGAUUUUGAAAUAUUAUUCUUGUUAUCUAAUGGGUAGUGAAGUCGGUAUAUAAACAUGAAGUCCACGUGUAAUAGUGCUGGACGACCUAACAACAAAAAUGCUAUUAAGUUUACUCAGCAACCAAGAUCAACUAUCUCGUUGUUUCUUUUAAAGGAACGCCAAAAUAAAUUUGAUAAAAAAGAAGCAUGUAUUUCCAACACAUUGCCUGUAACAAUCACUCCAGAACAUAUAUCUCAUGACGAAAUAGUACAAAAUCCCGAAAAACCAAGUAAAUUUUGUUUUGUAGAAUGUAAUUUACAUGAAGAUGAUAAUUUAAAAUCUUUAGAGGAACCCGUCUCUAGUAUAAUCAAUGUUUCUUCUGAAAUUAAAAGCAUUAUUCCAUCUCUUGAAAUAAACCAGAGUCAAUUUUUUGAGUUAAAUAGAAAUCUGGUUGAUGGACAGAUGAGCCAUGGAAUGAACAGUAUUAUUGUGGGAGGCAUGAAAUUAUUUUCAUGUUCACAUCCACAGUGUACUUAUAAUACAAACCAUUCAUCUAAUAUGUCCAAACAUAGGAGAACACAUUCUCAAAAUAAGCUUUAUCUGUGUGAUCAAUGUACAUUUAGUACCAAAUUUUCAAAUUCUCUUAAUGUACACAAGCGUCUUCAUACACAAGAAAAACCAUUUGCUUGUCAUAAUUGUGACUAUAAAUGCAAUAGCAGUUCUAAUUUAAAAAAACAUCUCAAUAAUAGACAUUCCACUCAGUAUUAUCAACCAAUUUCUUUAAAAAAUUGAUAAGCAUACUGCAUAAUUUGUUAAUUGCAAAUUGUUUAAAAAUUUUGUUAACCUCGAAAUUGUAUUAAGAAAGUCUUCUAAUUUAUUAUACAACUAGUUAAUUGUAAAUAUUUAUUUUGAAUCUAUUUAAUUGUACUUUUCUCUGUAUCAUAGCAGAUAAGUAAUUCAUAACAUAUAACAGAUAUCAACCAUCUUAAAUUAUUCUUAAAUAAAGCUUUUACCAAUGACUAUU